AUGCCGAACGAUCGUGACAAUGAGGACAAGAAACGUGAUCAGGAGAACCCAAGGAUGCCCCAAGACCAGGACUGGGAGGCCGAGAGCAACCCAUUCGUGGCCUUCCGCCGCUUUGCCGACGAGCAGGUCUCCUCACUGCUUCAAUCAGUCACCGGACUUCCGUCGAGCGUCUCUCGUCCCCAAUCAGAUAGAUGGACUAUAUUCACCGAUGACAGUGGAUAUAACAGCAUGAAGUAUCGCGAACGCGGUGGUGGUGCGGAUAAUGCUGGGCAGUGCAACUACGCGCCGCGAGACGAAGGCGCAGGCGGGUCUGCAUCGCGUGACCAGGACAACUCCAACGACAAUGACAACAACGGCAACAACAAUUCUGGUGGCUCCUCAGGCUCGUCGCAGCGUCGAAAGCCUGACGAUUACGACUCGCGGCCUUCGCAACACGGGCGAAAUGCCCGCACAGCGCAUUCCGACUUCUUCGGUAUCGAGUCCUUCUUCGAUCGCUUCGAGGAUCAAUUCUUGCCCUUCUCCUCGCCAUUCUCGUCGCUUUUCCACCCGCACCAACGCUUCUUCUUUCCCGACAUGUUCGAAGACAGCAACUCGCCCACCUGGCCACUCGUCUACAUUACAUUCAGUCCCUACUCGCCCCUCCACCUCGAGCACCAGGCCCACUAUCGUGUACAGCGAGGCCAGGGAGUCUUCUCCUCUAUCAUGUCAUCUUUCCGACCUGACUCAGACCGUGACCCGAGUGAGCCCCAGUGGCGCGAAGCCUUUGAGGAUCUUCUCCGACUGGAAAAUGGCAAGCCUAUGCUUGACGAAGAAACCCUCAAGGCAGGCAAGACUGAGAAUGGAACGGAAUGGUUGCAUGGCCUCGCGAAGCGAGGAAGCCUGGGUGACCGCUGGAAGUACGUGUCUGGAGGUGUUGAUGGCCAUCCUUGGUCCGGCAUCACUUUCACGGGACACAAUGAAGAAACUCGCACAUUGCCUGAAAAGAAUUUGGAGAGUGAGCAGAAGCAGCAACUUCGGGAUGACCAAGAUGUCGCGACCGAAAGCGAGUUGGACGUUUAUGAGCGCUUCUUACGCGACAUCGAGGCCCGGGAACAAGAGGUCCUGCGUGGGGAGGUUGGAAGUCCUCUCGUUCGAUUCCUCCUCGAAGAGCGCCGCCGAGAGCAAGACCAAAUUGACCGAUACAGACGUAACCUCUCGCACCCAGCGGACGACCAGGGCACCGAAGACACUGAGAGCUGGCUAGAUCUUGUCUCUGGUGGGAAUCGAAAGUCUGUCCCUGAGACAUCGGCCGAGUCAGGGGAUGCAGAUGUCUCACAGCAAUCCACACCGGUUCGCGUUAUUUCGACUAUAUCUCGAACAGAACGCAAACGGCUGGCUGAUGGCUCGGUUGAGACCAAGACGGUUAAGACUAAGCGCUUCACCGAUGGCCGGGAAGAAACCGACGAGUCUGUGGAGGUAACUCACCCGCGUUCCAACGACGGAGGCUCUGGAGACAAGUCCAAAGGCGGUUGGUUCUGGAAGGACUAG